GGAGGCGGGGAGAUUUAGAGAAAGAGAGGAAGCUAUCGGAUUGGAAACUUCAAACUACAAGUGUGAGACGAAGGUCUCCUAUAUAUUACACGGAUCUAAUAUUAUUGUUGUUACUAUAAGAUUGUAUCAUCUGCCUUUCCCUCUUUUUAUUUUAGUUUUACUUUCGACGGAUUCGUUUUCAAAGGUGUGUUUAAAAAGACACACAUACACACACACGUAUACACAGUCUCUGAGAGUAACAGAUAUAUAGUAUACACAAUUUCUCUCUUGUACAUACGUUUUCAUUUCAUUCUAUUAAUCUUUCAUUUCUCUUUUAAAUAUAUAUAUACACACACACACUUUCCUUCAGUGCAUAACCAUACUAUCUGACUCUCCCGUUCUCUCUUUUCUAUAUCUCACCCUCUCGAUCUAUCUAUCUAUCUAUCUAUCUAUCCCCGUCCUCUCUCUCUCUCUGUCUCUCUCUCUCAGAAAUUCCGAUCAAGCAGUCUUUGGUAAGAUGGCCGCACUAAGUGUGUUGGGUUGCUCGCAACACCGCGUCCUUCUCGUCCGAAUAUUUCUUUUUCUAGCGGUUCUUCAUUACACAAGUUCAGCCUUAACAGCUGAUGAAUAUUCAUUCAUUUCAAGCCCGUCCAGUUCCAUAUCUGUGAUUUUAUUCAAGAGUUUGUCUCUAAAAAGAUUGCGUCGGAGCACCAAUGAUACGGAUACCAUAUCACCUUCAAGCACUGUUCAGCCGUUAUUUAGUAAUAGCUCAUUGCCACAAACAACCAAAUCUUCUAUAAACAGUUCACACUCAAUUCAUACAAUAAAGGACACAACACUUAAACUGGCUCCAACAACAGCAACAAUAUCUACUCCUAAAUCUGUUUCUAUUUCUUCAGCAACCUCAAGUUUAUCUCUAUCAACCGCAACAACUUUGCCUUCAACAAUUGUAACGAAUGAUAAAGUCACUGAUACUUCUACACAACAGUCAACUCAUGCUGUUCCAGCCAAGCCCCCCUCCACUCUCCUUACUCAAACUACUAAUAUACCAACUUCAACCACUCCAGAAUUAACUACACCUUUGACGAAAGUUGUUGAGGAUAAUCACAAAUAUUACAAGUCGAUGAUCAUUCAAGAUGAACUCAAUAAACACUGGAUAAACUUGGAUGAUGGGCCAUUCAGUAACCACAGAGUUUUAUCAAACAAUCACAGAGUGGCUGCUCCAGUGAAAAUAAAUUUCAGAUUUAAAUUUUUUGGACAUACUGUAGUGAAUUUAACCAUAGCUACUGGAGGUUUUCUUUACAUGAGUCCAUUUUUACACAAAUGGCUAACAGCAACACAGUACAUUGCACCUCUCAUGGCAAACUUUGAUACCUCUAUUGGUAAAGGUUCAGAAAUAAGAAUCCUUGACACCGACAGCAUGUUUGUAGUUCAUUGGAAAAAUGUUCAUCUCCAUGAUCAGAAAUCAGUGAAAGAUGAUUCCUUUAAUUUCCAAGUGAUUUUACUGAAAAAUGGCACAAUAAAAUUUGUAUAUAAAAAGUUACCAAUAUCUCCUCAUUUUAUCAGUUCACAAAACCAUCCUGUAAAAAUAGGAUUGUCCGAUGCAUAUUACAUUGACAAAAAGGGUAAAAGUGGUAUUGUCCGAAUAAUUUAUGAAUACCACAGAGUUACAAUUGAUAAGGCAAAAAUACAACAAAGAACCGUUGUGAUACUUACUCCACUCCCAACCUGUAACCUUGCUGAAGAUUGCCAUACAUGUUUCACUCAGAAAAGCAACUUUUCCUGUAGAUGGUGUUCAACUUUGCAACGGUGUUCCAAUGGUAUAGACUGGCACAGACAGUCAUGGAUUGCAAAUGACUGUAAUAGUGUUGUAAGUUGAGACUGUUUUUUAGCGUGUGUGUGUCAUUGAGAAUUAAUGUCUUCACAGAAUCAAAAUUCGAGACAAUAGCAGGGAUCUGUGAAUAUGUGCAUCAGUAUAUGCAUGUAUGAAGGUGUAUAUGCAAAUAUUCUUGUGCUCAUCAAAUGGAUGAAUGUGUUUCUUUGGUACAUGAUUGUGUACAGUUUAUGUAUGUGUAUUUGUAAUAUACACGUACAUAUGACUGUAUGCAUUCAAUGCUUUACAAAUUUUUAUUGUAUUACAAAUCAGUUGUAUUUGGAGAAUGUGAAAUUGCUUUGUUUUUUCUAUUCUUGGUAUUUCUAAGAUUUUAUGAAAACCUGUUAUGUAACCCAUUUGUACCUAUGAUAGCAGGUACAAAUGAAAAUCAUACUCUGGUUAUAAGAGCUGUAAGUUUCUCAUCAUCAUGUAGAUGUUCUUUUCUUCAAUUUUUGAUGACAUAUUUGUAUCUGCUAAGCAGCUGAUUGCAGUAACAGUGUAUCAUUUUUUGAUCUUUGUCCCACAGAGCAAUGUCUGGUUUUAAUGUUUACACUAGAGUGCAGUUUUUUUAUUGGAAAAACACUAGUAAUCUUUAGUUUUUAAAAGUGUGGAUAAAUUGUGAUUCUGGUGUACCUUUGGUACUGCUACCAGGAAAUUCUUCAUGCAAAUAGCUUUGUAGUUGGUUUUAGUGACAGUAUCAAGUCUCAUGGGAAGGUAGUACCUUGUAGUAACUUUUGGAGAGCCUGCUGAUGAUGUGGGUAAUAUCUUCUACACUGGAGUGACACAAUCAACAUUUUAGAUACCUCUAAAUCUCCAUGUUGUGAAAUCUUAGAAGCAUCCUUAUCUCUAAUAUUGAUCAGAUAUUUUGUAGCUUUCUCUCAUUCUCCGAUAGCAAAGGUGUAGCCUCCCACAGGAAAUGUGAUAUAUAGAUCAAAAGUGACCAGGACUUCUGUCAAUGUUGUUAGUAUUUUCUAACUUAAGGUGCAUGCAUAACUUUCUGCUGGUAUGUGUAUUUCUCCAAGUUCCCAUUUUUGUUGGUUAGUCCCACUACCUUUGGUUCACAUGCAAUACCUGUAGACUCAUAUCUUGUGUGCAUUUCUCUCCUUACUCUUCAGUAGUUGUUAUCUAAGUGGUACCAUGCAGCACUCAAAAAACAUUUUGACCGAUUUUUAUGCCUCUGCUUUCAUCCCUCCAUUUAGCAUAGCUAAAUGUAGAAGUUACCAGUAGUUCUUUCUGGUUUUCGUGUCCAAAUUGUAGAUAUCUUCAAGUAUCCAGUCCAGCAUUCUAGAUAUUGGUAAUUGCACUGGCACUGCUAAGGUAUUUUGGGAUAGCAAGACACUUAUCGUAUGUAGAUACCAAUGAUCACUGUUUCAACAUCAUCUUUUCCAUUCUCUGAUAGACUGGCCAGAAAUCAUUGAGGCAGAUUUUUUGCAGCUGGAUGCCCUUAUUGUUACCAUCUGUCUGGUGUUUCCUUGUAAGGUAAUAUUUCCCUAUGGCUGGACAUGUUUUCAUAUAAGAAAUGAAGGACACUCCUUAUAUGACAGUGAUGCUUGUAUGUGUGUGUGUAUUUAUGCACAUCCAUGUGUGUAUGUAAAUGCAUGUAAUAUAUGUAUGUAUAUAUAUAUAUAUAUAUAUAUAUAUAUAUAUACAUACACACACACACACACACACACAAAUAUAUAUAUAUAUAUAUGUUCUCUUCCUCUUUUUUAUUUAGAACAAAUUUUGACUUGAGCAAAGUUGUGAAGGAAAGCAUCUUGUUUUAACCAUCAUCCUUUAAAUCUUAAGAAGACCUUGCAGAUUUUUAUAGUCUCAAAUAUUGUGAUUGUUUGUAGCGUAUGAAUUAAGGAUUUGCAUUCUCUCCCCAAGAUCCCUGGUUCAGCUGUACUUUGCUCCAGAUGGGUUGGUAUGUAACCUUUUGUUCCAGUAAUAAUAGGUAUGAAGCUGAAAGUGUGCCUUGGGUACUGGAUUUGCAAUGGUCCUUAUCAAUGGUCCAUAAAUGUCCUCUUUCUCUUGUAUUUUUCUAAUCACAUUGGUGUCCAGAGGGCAGCUAAUUUCCAUAAAAUAACGUAUCUUCUUGCGAUCACACGCAGCAAUAUCUGUCUGGUUGCCUUUUAACUUGGUGGCUGUUUUAAUUUUUAAGUUCCAUCAGUGUUCUUUUAACCCAUCAGUCUCAAUAUGGUCGACUUCAUCUGUUGGGGUUUUCCUUUUUUUUUUUUUUUUUUUUUUGUUAUACUGUUCUGACCACUGCAUCAUGCCUCAUGGAAAGAUAAUAUCUGGAAGACAUUCUCUUGCAGUUGGUUAUAAUGUGGUUGAUUCUUCAGUCUUGCACAGCUUAUAUUUGUUGUCUGUCAACCUUUUCAGCUUCUAUGCUGUAGGUACUUGAUGAGGAUCUUGUUCUUGAAUUGCAUAGAGGUAGCCUUUGAAGUGGAAUGUUAUAAAUUUGUUGGUACUCCUUGUGAAGCUUUUGACAUGGUGAAUCCCUUCUAUGGUUUGUGUUUUACAUCCCAAGUACCUGUGUACUAUCUUCUUAUUGAGCUGGUUCAUUUUUUUUUACUGUUUUUCUGAUGAAUAGAUUUUAUUAAUGUUCUUUGGAGAGGGGUCUGCAUCAGCUCCUGUUUCAUACCUCUCCUCAAGUUCAUUAACUAAUCUAAUUAUGUUUCAGCUAUUCUAAUUUUUGUUGUUGAUUUCAUGGUCACAAACAUGGAUAAGAUAGUUACUGGUCUCUUUUUUUCUACUGCAAAUAUUAUUUCAAUUUUAUAAUGUGCUUUAUAUGACAUCAAUACAGAUUUGAGACCAUUGCCACCAUCUUUGCUUGGGAAGUAUAGCUUGUUUACAUUUCCAUUGUUGUUGAAGUUUCCUGUAACACUAGGCAGCUUGCAAGUUUGAACAUCAAUCUUGUUCAGUUUUUUUGUCGUGACCAGUUCCAAAGGCUAAAGAGAUAUGAGGACAGGCACUGCAAAGCUGUUGUGGGCCAUAUGCUUGUUGUAAGCUGAGAAUUCUGAUGACUGUAUUCUCUUUACUACUCUGAUGUAUUCAUUUCUGGUCCUCUCCUUCUUUAUGGGUCCAUCUUCUCAUCUUGUCCAAAAUACCUACAAUUGUCACCUGAAGAUAGAGGUUGUAUUGUUAAUCCAUUCAUUUAUAAAUGAGUAACAAAGAUGUACAGGUGUUAAUUCAUUACGACGAUUUAAACCGACUUCUUUAACUGAUUAAUGAAAACAUUCUAUUUGAAAGAAACCGUUCUCAUCAGAUGACUGCAUUAACUUCAAACAUAUAGGAUACAACCAUUUCCUUAACAUAUUCGCAUCAAUAAUGGAACUCAAAAUAUUUACAUUGUUUCCUCUGUCAUAUCUGUGGAAGAAUGGGACCCAUUCUGCUACAGAUAAGGCAAGAAAAACAAUGUAAAUAUUUUGAGUUCCUUUAUUGAUGUGAAUAUGUUAAGGAAAUGGUUGUAUCCUAUAUGUUUGAAGUCUAUGCAGUCAUCUGACGAGAACAGUUCCUUUCAAAUGGCAUAAGGUUUUCAUUAAUCAAUUAAAGAAGUGCCACCUGAGCAUGACUAAUGCCAGUUCCACCUGACUGGCUCCCGUGUCAGUGGCAUGUAAAAAGCAUCCACUACACUCUCGAAGUGGUUGGUGUUAGGAUGGGCAUCCAGCUGUAGAAACCUUACCAAAUCGGAUUGGUGUCUGGUGCAGCCUCCUGGCUUACCAGUCCUCAGUCAAACCAUCCAACCCAUGCCAGCAUGGAAAGUGGACAUUAAAUGAUGAUGAUAAUGAUAUAUGUAUGUGUGUGUGUGUGUGUGUAUAUGUAUAUGUGUGUAUGUAUGUUUGUGCAUGUAUGUGUGUGUGUGUGUAUGUGCAUAUAUAUUUGUAUAUGCAUGUAUAUACACUCAUGCACAAUUAUCAGCACUCAUGUCGAAAAUGGGCUUUUAUUGAAUUUCUUGCUAAUAGUAGUGUCUACACAGAUAACUUUUGGUCAGUGUCAGUACAAUUGUUUAAGGAAUACCAAACAAAAGUUAAAUUUACAAAACAGUAUAUUUUUAAUGAUGAAAACAGGAAAACAAAAUAAUUGGAUGAUUCAAAAUUGCUGGCACCUCUACAACAUUUGAUGACUAACAAUCAGUUGUAUAGUCUUUAUUCUUAAUACCUUCAAUCUGUGAGGGUAGUCUCAGUUAUCACCAGGCACAGAUCAGAAGGAAUUUUAACCCAUUCUUCAGUCACAUACUCUUCCAGCUCCUUCAGAUUAGAUGGCUUUUUUUCUAUCACCUUUUUCUUUAACUCUCAUUGAACAUUUUCUAUUUGGUUUAAGAUAGGACUUUGUGCUGGCCAAGGGAGUACAUCUAUCUUGUUUUCUUUCAGCCAAUUUUGGAUUAAAAGUGACAUAUUCUCCGGAUUAUUGUUCUGCAUGAAAGUCCAAUUCAUUGUUCCUUCAAUUUGAAUUAAUUUUUCCGGUGCCUUUAGCAUAAAAAUAGCUCCACAACAUUAUGCUGCCUCCAUCAUGUUUGAUGGUAGGAUUGACAUUCUUCACAUUGUAGGCUUCUCCUCUUUCUCUCCAAACAGUAGCUCGACUGUUGUGACUGAAUAACUCAAGUUUAGACCACAGAACAGAUUGCCAAAAUCAUUCAAGCUUCUUCAGAAAGUCCCUUGUAAACUUCAAAUGAGCAGUUAAGUGCUUCUUCAACAAUGAUAGCAUGUCUUCAAGCCACCAAUCAAUAUCAAAGUUCGAGUAAUUGUUGACCUUGACAUGAACUCCUAUAGCUGUCAAAUUGGCUUUCAUCAAUGCAGUUGUUAUCUUACAAUCAUUGUUCUGCAGAGAUCUAUUUUCCGCAUCCAUUCUCAUUUACCAACAAAUUGGUUGAUGCUUCAUUAUUAUGUUGUGAACAGUUGAUCUAGCCAUAUUGAAAUUUUUAGAUAUUGUCUCAUACCCAUCUUUAGCAGCAUGAGCAUCAACAAUCUUCUUUGAGUCAGAACUGUGCUACUGCACCUUCACCAUGAAAUUGCAGAUAGAAUAGUUUGAAGGCCAAAAGAAGGUUGCAAAAAGAUUGUGCAAUUGAUGUCAUGUAGACUUACUACACAUUAUUCUAGAAGUUUGUUUUUUAGAACUUUAUGAUGAUGUAACCUCUAUUAUUCAACACAUUCUCAUGUUGUGGCCCAAACUGGUGUUUUUUGCAUCAUAUAUACAUGUGUGUGUGUGUGUGCAAUGGGUAAAUUGUUGUAAUUUUAUAUUUUUAAUUUCACGCAUUAUUUGUUUUUGAUUUUGUCGACUACACACUAUAGUAGGGUCAUUUGGGCUCUGCCUGUGAGAAAAUCAGCACCAUAAAACAAUUCACUCUGCCAGAAAUUUGGAAACAACAUGCUGUACUACUUGGCAUUCACACCGGAAGCUCCAAUAUGAGUAUUUCAGAGUGCUUGGGUAUCAAUCUCAGGAAAGUGCAAUCUGAGGAUAUGUACCGAGAGUGAUAAAAAUCAAACAUCCAGUCAACAUCAUGGUGUUUGGAGUGAUCACUAGUGAUGGUGACGUUAUGCCUUCAUCUUUCUUUCUACACGGCCUCAGACUCAACAUGGAGGCCUACAUCAAGUUCCUGGAAGUGGUAGUGCUGCCCUAGGUCAAGAGGAUGGCUGCUGGAAGACCCUAUGUCUAGCAACAGGACUCUGCACUGUGCUACACAAGCAGGAGAACCCAAUCAUGGCUGUGAGACAAUUUUUGUGACCACAUCAUCCUUAACAUCUGGCCACCUAACUCCCCAGACAGCAACCCCCUUGAUUAUUAUGUGUGGGGUGCAGUUGAGCGAGAGACCAAGAAAACACCUUGUAAUACCAAAGACGAACUGAAGGCAAGGAUUAUGGCAGCAUUCACCAACUUAAACAAGGAGACUGUCCAGAUGAUUUGCAGAAGAUUCCGAAGUUGUCUGGAGGCUGUGGUUGAAGCCAAUGGCGAUUUCAAUAAAUAAAUUUACUCUUUAGGCGUAGGAGUGGCUGUGUGGUAAGUAGCUUGCUUGCCAACCACAUGGUUUUGGGUUCAGUCCCACUGCGUGGCACCUUGGGCAAGUGUCUUCUACUAUAGCCUCAGGCCGACCAAAGCUUUGUGAGUGGAUUUGAUAGAAUGAAACUGAAAGAAGCCCGUCGUAUAUAUGUAUAUAUAUAUGAGAGUGUGUAUAUGUUUGCGUGUCUGUGUUUGUACCGCCAACAUCGCUUGACAACCGUUGUUGGUGUGUUUACAUCCCCAUAACUUAGUGGUUCGGCAAAAGAGACCGAUAGAAUAAGUACUAGGAUUACAAAGAAUAAGUCCUGGGGGUCGAUUUGCUUGAUUAAAGGUGGUGCUCCAGCAUGGCCGCAGUCAAAUGACUGAAAGAAGUAAA